AUGUCGGGUGGAGACGGUGAUGACACGAUACCGUUGAUCACCGAGCAGAUAAAGGAUAAGAUUUCCAAAGAGGUCGGAAAGGCAUUUGAAACUAACUUACCGGGAUUUAUGGAAAGGUUACAAACCGUAAUACUCACAACCAUUGAAGAACGAGUCAAUGAGUUAAAGGAAGACCUUAUUAAUGAAAGAGGUACGGUCAAGGAAACGAGGGGAUGCUCAUACAACAAGUUCGUAGCCUAUAAACCCCCGAUCUACAAUGGAGAAGUAGAUCCAAUUGCUUGCCAAAGAUGGGGCCAACUGAGAGGCCAAGCAAAGGAUUGGUGGGAUAAUCACAAAAAGGAGCUGCGAGUUGAGGCUACUCGAGCCAUGACCUGGGAAGGAUUUAAGGAACCAUUCCUCAAGCAUCAUAUCCUAAGAGCUGUGAUUAACAAAAUAAAGGAGUUCAUGCAUUUAAGGCAAAAGGGGGGUUCAAUCGAUAAGAUCAUGUGUAUAUUCCUUGACAAGCUAAAAUUCAGCGAUGAAUUAGUAAAAAUUGAAGAGAAAAAGGUAUAUCACUACCAUAACAUGUUGAGUGCAGAAUGUCGGGAGUUCAUGAAUCCCUCGAAUUACAAAAAUCUCACGGAGAUUAUCAAUGCUGCACGAGAACGUGAAAUCGAAUUGAAGAAACAAGUUGAAAGGGGUGAAUGGAGGGAGCUUGACACAAAUCCAAGCCCUGUAAAGAAACCAAAGACAGCUGAGUCCUCAAAGAAGACAAAUACAAAAGGAGGAUCACCUAGGUGUAAGAUCAACUUGAGGUCGGGGUACCAUCAGUUGAGAGCAAAAGAGGAAGACGUACCAAAGACGGCAUUUCGUACGCAAUACGGACAAUACGAGUUCCUCGUAAUGUCCUUCGGGCUAACUAAUGCACCCGCAGCGUUCAUGGAUCUCAUGAACCGGGUCUGCAAGCUAAUGUUGGAUAAAUCAGUAAUAGUGUUCAUUGAUGAUAUUCUUGUAUACUCGAAGAAUGAGGCCGAACAGGCUCAACAUUUACAAGAAGUGUUAGAAACUCUUAGACGAGAAAAACUUUACGCUAAAUUCUCAAAGUGCGCCUUUUGGCUUCGAGAGGUACAAUUCCUCGGACAUGUCAUAAGCGCCGAUGGAAUACUUGUAGAUCCGGCUAAAAUUGAAGCAGUGUCAAAAUGA